AUGAACGCCCCUUCAAUUAAUUGCGAAAUCAUGCUGAAGGAUCAGUUUGGAAAAUGGCAGCCGUACAAGGUAACGCUACAGCAAAUGGCGUAUCCAUAUCCAAUGCCAUUCCCUCGCCCUCCUGGAAGCACUAGCGAGAAUUCUCUCACCUCUGCUUCAGUGGUUGAAGUUGGUUCAAACUCGAACCUUACUGAAAUUCUUGAGAGAUCAAGGGAUGAAGAAGUGAUCGAAACUGUUGAGUUUGAAGCAGACCAGGGUGAGAUGAUCGACGGGCAGCACGAUGAAAAUGCGGAUCGAAUGGAGGGAGUUGAGCAAGAUGACCAAGAUGGCGACGUGAAAAAUGGUAUCCUCCAGCAAAUGAAUGCUGCUCAAAGUGGUCGUGCGAUGUCACAGAACAGGCGAAAAAUUCAAGAAACUCGGAAAAGAAAGAUGCGCCGGAAGUCUGAGACAUCGGAGCCAAUCUUGAAAUCUAAGAAAAUGGAUGAAAACUGGAGUGGUGUUGCAACAGAACGCUUCACCUGGUUCAAAGGUCAAACUAAAAGACCUGAGAACGCCAAACAACUCAAUCAAGAGGCAACCAGAGUUGGCAUCAAGCCAAUUGAAAUUCAACAUGCUGUAUUGCCUUUCAACAAUCCAGCUAAGAACUACCAUUUCUACAACUUUGCAACAAACAACAAAGAGGAAGCAGCAAUGUUGAAGAACUUAAUCCCAGCUGAUUUUGUGGAUAAGUUUUGUGUGGACAAAUUCUUGGGAGACGAAGACAACACAUUCUUUUUUUUAAAUGUUGGUUUUAAGGAAGCUACGAUUCUUGCACUUUAGCCACAUUUUUCAAAAGCAAGAACAUAAACCCCCCCUAUGCCACCAAUGCAUCUUCUCAAAAGCAAAGUGCACAUUGCCGAGGCUCUCAAUGACGAGACAACUAUGUCAUUAUUGAAGAAAAUCGUGUCUAAAAAAUGCAUUUCAAAAAUUUCUCAAUGGAAAAACGAACUCUCGUCGAACCUCGAUGGAUAA